AUGGCCGAGGUGCCUGCUGCGCCCUGCCGCCUCACCCCUGCCGCUCUCCUUUCCCUGCAGGGUGCUGGCCCCGUGGGCAGCUGGCAACACAGGAUGGGGCUGGGGCUGGUGCUGUGGGCCUGCCUGAUGCUGGGCAUGGCUGGCGGGGAGAGUCCAGCACCAGAAUCCUUGGUGGGUGGCCAGCCCUUCACCGUGGUGUGGAACAUCCCCACCGGCCGCUGCCAGCGCCGCUUUGGCAUGGGGCUGCCCCUUGGCAACUAUGGCAUCGUGGAGAACCAGCGUGGCCGCUUUGCCGGCCAGAACAUCACCGUCUUCUACAAGAAUAAGUUUGGGCUGUACCCCUACCUGUCGCAGCAGGGCGUCCCCCAUAGGGGCAUCCCCCAGCGGGUCCCCCUCAGCGCCCACCUCACCAGGGUGGCCAGGGACAUCCACCUCCUCCUGCGCCCCGCUUUCCACGGCCUGGCAGUGGUGGACUGGGAGGAGUGGAGGCCCCUCUGGGCCCAAAACUGGGGGGCCAAGCGGAUCUACUGGGCAGCCUCAGAGCAGUGGGUGCGGGCCCGGCCUGGCCUCCUGCCGGCACGG